AUGGGUUCUCUGUCUACCACUGGCAAUGAAGAUGGCAACGGGCUACAGGUUGACCACCUCGAAACAGCGAACAUGACUCACCAAGAGCAACAUGUCGAGACUGACCGCGUUCCCGAAGCCAUGGGAAGGGAGCAGGCUGAGUUGCCUAAAGGGUACUUUUACAGCCCAUACUUCAUCGGAAGUUACUGUGCCAUUGGAGUCGCUUUUGCAUGUGGAACUGGAGGGUAUGCGUUGGUAGCGCCGAUUCUGACCGAUAUCAAUAACGACCUCGGAGGAUCCGGAUCGAGUGACAUUAACUGGGUCGGCAUUGUCUAUUCCUUGACCCAGGCCAUCGUGCUCAUGCUGGCCGGCCGCCUGAGUGACCUGUUUGGCCGCCGUUGGUUCUUCGUUAUCGGGUCAGUCAUCGGCCUGGUUGGCAGUAUCGUCGGUGCGAGAGCCGGCACUAUCGGGCAGCUCAUCGCAGGGGAAACCCUGAUCGGGAUUGCCGCGGGCUUUCAGUGCUCUUUCUUCUGGGUCGUGUCCGAGAUUGUGCCCAUGAAGAGGCGCUUCAUCGCCAACUCCGGACUGUUUCUGUGGACCUUGCCAACAGUAAGUACCCAUCGGGAUCUCUGUGCAGUAAAACUGGAGUUGCUGACGACUGCGACUAGAACAUUCUUGGACCGAAGAUUCCAGAAUAACACUGCAGUGCAAUGGCGCGGAUGCUUCUACUACCUGACUGCGUUGAACGCUCUGUCGGUAGCGCUGUGGUUCUUCUUCUACCACCCGCCAUCCUUCCACAUGUUACACCGCGAUAAAACUGUCAAACAAAUGGUUCGCGAGUUUGACUUCAUUGGUCUUGUAUUAUUUUCGGCCGGCAUGAUCCUCUUCCUAAUUGGGUUAAACUGGGGUGGCUCGAUCUACCCCUGGAAGAGCGGACAGGUAUUGGGAACCCUGCUCUCCGGCGUCGCCAUUCUCGCCGUCUGUAUAGCUUAUGAGUUGAAAUCAUCGCUGGAAGAACCUUACCUUCCCCUUCAAUUGUUCAAAAACGUCAAGUACACUUCUUGCGUGGUCUGGUGUGCGAUUGAAGCCAUGAACUUUUAUGCCUUUGGCAUUAUCUGGCCCAGAGCAGUUGCCAUCCUCUACCCCACUCUAAGUCCAGCCACCAGCGCGACCAUGUCGGGACUGGUAACCAUGUCAUUCGCGCUAGGCCAGAUGGCGGGCCCGUUUUUCGCAAACUGGCUACCGGCCAAACCACUAGUCAUCGUGGGCACAUUCAUCGGCACGGGGCUGCUUGCGGCCUGUGCGGCCAACCCACUCAACCUGAGACUUGACGGUGGGCAUGCUCGUUACGGUGGAUGCAUUCGCCUGGCGGGCACUUCGGUCGCGGUAGCAAUGUAUAACACUAUCCUGAACAAUCGUCUGUUGCAGACGAUUCCCGCCGCCGUCACUCCAGUCGCGCUGUCGGCAGGAGUGCCCGAAUCCUUCAUCCCCCAGCUCAUCGCAAACCUGACAAGAACCAACCGGGUAGGCGAGGGCAUUCCGGGUCUGACUGCUGGGGCCAUCGCGCUGAUCCAAUCUGCCUUCCAACUGGGAAACUCCCAGGCGUAUAGUACUGUCUUUCUCUCUACGUUGGGAUUCGGCGGUGUGGCGCUGAUUCUGUGCUUUUUGAUCGGUGGUGUCGAUGAGAGCAAUGGGGAGUACGUAGCAGCACUAAUUCAACAUGGGGAUGGCAGCGACCGGCAGACGGAAAAAGUGUAG